UUAAGAGUUUUCUCUGUAAAAAAAAAAGAGUUUUCUCUGUAAAAUCUCUCAUCUUCUGCACCUCGGACGAUAAUCGCCAUGGCAGCAGCGAGCUCUCGGCCGCCAUCGAAGCCGUACGAUGUGGACUUCACAAUCGUCUCCGCCAAGCACCUGAAGAACGUGAAUUGGCGCCACGGUGAUCUGAAGCCCUAUGUGAUCUUCUGGGUGGAUCCUGAUCGCCGUCUCGCAACCAAAUCGGACGAUCACGGAUCGACCAAACCGGUGUGGAACGAGCGGUUCGUGCUUCCUCUGGCGGUGCCGCCUCAGGAAUCGCUGCUCACUCUCGAGAUCUUCCACUCGAAGCCGUCCGAGACGCCCAAGCCGUUGGUCGGAACCCUAAGGCUGCCGCUCAAGGACGUGAUGUGCUUGGAAGAUUCCACGAAGGUAAGAAGUUUCGAGCUCCGUUUACCUUCCGGUCGCCCCCAGGGUAAGAUCCGACUCAAAAUCUCUAUCCAGGAACGCCCUAGCCCCCCUGAUUUCCAAAUUCCCCCUCCGUCCAGCUAUUAUUUCUCAACUGCGCCUCCGCAGCCCGCUUCCCGUGAUUACAGAGGAUACAAUAUCCCUCCGUACAAUCCACACCAGCCUCCAUCUCCCGCGGCGAUGCCGCCGCCGCCUCAUCCGACUCUAUCACCACCGCUUCCUACUCUAUCAUCUCCACCUCCUCCCCACUCGCAUCCUUAUCACUACGGCGGAUACUCUGAUCCAUACUCUAGCUACUACCCCGGUUACUACACUCAGCCUCCUUAUCCGCCACGGCCGUUCCUGGACCGACAACCUAGCUUUGGCAGGCCGGGGCCUAGUGCGCCUGUGGAUUAUGCACCGUAUGAUAACAAGCGUAGUGGAAAGAUGGGAUUAGGAACUGGAUUGGCUGUUGGAGCUGUGGCAGGAGCCCUAGGAGGGCUGGCAUUGGAGGAGGGUUUGAAAUAUGAAGAAGAGAAGAUUGCAGAAAGAGUUGAGUGUGACAUUUCUGGAAGGGAUAAUUACAGUGACUACCAUGUUGAUUACUAGUAUUCUUGCUGCCAAACAGGUCUUACUGUAUGGUAUACCUCACUGGGUAUGCUCUAUGGUUUGUUUUAUAGUUUGGCUAUUUGCGUGAAUAUGUAUAUAUAAUUGGCUUGUCUAACUCUUUUCGGCUUAUAUGAUCAUCUGGAUUGUUUAAUGUGAGCUUUGCAAUCGCCCCCUCCCCUUUUGGGAAUAAAUGUUCCAUAUACUCAUUGCUCA